AUGGAUGUUCUAAUUUACUGGUACUUAAUGACUGCUGUGGUUGUAUCAGAAAAACAACAGUAUACCAACCAAACAGAAAUUAACGCCACAAGAAAUGGUUCUACUGGUAUCAUAACUUCCCCAGGUUAUCCUGGAAACUAUCCAGACAAUGCUGCCUACAUGUGGACACUAAGAACAGGAAAUUUUAAUGCCAUUGUCUCAUUUAACUUUAAAGACUUCGACAUCAAAAAGUAUGAGGGCACUCAACAUUGUGUUGAUUAUUUACAGAUAUAUCAGACGAAACCAUGUUGCUUUAAGGCCAUGCAUAGAUGCGGUAACUUUGAACCUUUCAAUCUGACAGUUGAUGGAAGCGUCAUAACCAUUCACUUUGUGUCUGAUAACUUGCACAACACCAAGGGAUUUAACUUGACAUGGAAAGUCGAAAUCCUCAGCCAAAAUCAUGACAACGACUGGACCAAAGAAGUUGGGAACAACAGAUCCUGA